AUGGCACAGAAAGACUCUCCGACGCGUCUCUUCACAACAACCAGCCACCAAGAGGUCAGCCCGCCGCCAUUGAAACGAAGAAGACUGACACAAACACCAAGCCUAGCAUUGGAUAGCCCCCGUGCCUCGUCCACCCUUCAAACGGCCGGCCAAUCCAGAAGGUCUUCUCCAAGCAAGGAUGCGUUCCGUGUGUUUUCAUGGAACAUCAACGGCAUCAAUACCUUCCUGUCGUCCACUCCUUCCGCUCGAAAGAUAACAUCCUACUUCACAGAAUCCACCAAGACGCAGAAGAGCGGGACCGCGAGUACUGAUGCACCGCCAAACGCCAGUCGACUGCGCACACCUCCAGGACAAGCACCAUCAGGCUCGCCACACUCGCUGCGAGCCUUUCUUGGCCGCCAUAACUGGCCUGAAAUUCUCUUCCUCCAAGAGCUCAAGAUCAAGCCACAAGACGGACCGGUUCUUCUACCCAAAAUACUCUCUGCUCUCAAUGCCCCGCUCAAUGCUGCCGACAGUGUGUCCGACAAUUGUACCUACACUCUCAAUGUAGUGCUUCCACGCGACAAGCAUAAUGCCAAAGCCUUCGGAGGAAGGUUAUACGGUGUUGGAACAAUAAUGAGGACAGACUUUGCUCGCAAAUGGGUUGCUACUGUGCGGGAGGUUGACUGGGAUAUCGAGGGAAGAGUCAGCGUUGUCGAGAUGAGAGUGGCGCCGGAAGGGCAAGAUGAGAAUGGGCCAGCCACAAAACCUCUCGCUCUCCUUAAUGUCUAUGCCGUCAACGGCACAACGCAGCCGUACCGCAACCCCUUGACCGGCGCCAUCCAUCCCAACUGCCCGACUCGCCAUGACCGAAAGCUCGUCUUCCAUUCCCUACUCCGAGACGAGUGCCUUUCCCUGGAAGCACGCGGAUUCUCUGUGGUCGUUGCAGGCGACGUAAACAUAGCCAGAGGACCUGCUGAUGGACACCCUAACCUACGAACCUUCCCAGAACAACAUUGCCUUAACAGGGUGGAUUUCAACACCAAGUUCUUCGGCGACGAAGACAACAAGCGAGCUGGGGCCUACGUUGGAACACAAGACGAGAAAAACGAAAAGUGUCUUGAUGCCGUGGAUGUGUUUCGGGCAAAAUAUGGCAUGGAGAAAAGAUACACAUAUUACCCCAACCGCGGGGAGUGGGGAAGCAGUUGCGAUAGGGUCGAUAUGGUGUUUGUUUCCAAGGAGGUGUGGGAUGACGGGCGUGUGAUUGAUACAGGAAUACUCGAUACGCCUCAGGAGCGUGGUCCGAGUGAUCACGUACCGUUCUGGGUCAAGAUCGCUUUGUGA